UUGUCGAGGAUAUGACACCCAUGUGACUAGCAAAUUCAAAUCCGCCUCCACCUUCUUCACCACCUACCGCUGCCACCAUCUCUUCCCUCUUCAUUCUUCACCAUCACCAAUUAAUGCAGCCUACUAUUCCUUUACACUACAUAUCUCAAUCAAGUGAUGGCGGCUUAUGGCGCAGCGGCUUCUCUAAAGAAUACGAUUCAAAGUAUUUUACAGUCGUCUCGCAUCUCGUUGGUUCCUCCCUCUUCGCAGAUCAUACAACCCGCUUAUGAGGCCAUGGUUCACUUGCAGAAAGUUCUGCUAAAAUUGGAGGAGACCGGAUACAGCAAGAUCCGGACGAAGGUGAAUGCUUUGGAUGACCGAAUCAAAGAGGUCUUGUGGGAAUUUGAAGAUUUACUCGAAUCCCAUUUCACCCACCAGACUCUUCCACAGCUUGAAAGCGAGAGAGAUCACUUGUCUUUCUCUCUAGAUUUGCAGUGUCUGAGACAGAGUGUUGAUUGCUUCGUCGAGAGGGUGGCAGAGAUGGAGGCGGAAUACGAUAUUGAACUGAUGAAUAUGCCUGAAGAAGAAGGCAAACCUCUUUCCUCAAGAAUGGAUUAUGGUGGAAUCAACUCAAAUAUGGUUGGCUUAUCUGAUGAAUUUGAACAAGUCAGGGAUCUUCUUCUUGCAGAAGAUGAAGGGUGGGUGUCAAUUGUUGGGAUGGCAGGGGUCGGAAAGACCGCGUUUGCUAAGAAAGUAUUUGAUGAUCCAUGGAUUCAAACACAUUUCGAGCUUCAAGCAUGGGUCAAAGUGGGCAGAAAGUGUGAAUACAGUGAAAUAGUGCGAUGUAUUCUCGCUCAAGUCGAUCCCAACACUUACGACCAACUUGUUGCCUUAGGAGAUGACUACGACGAGGUUUUAGUUGUAUUUUUGGAAGACAGAUUGAAGAAUAAGAAAUGUCUCCUUGUGUUGGAUGAUGUAUGGGAAUGGGACACGCAACUAAUGGAUAUCUUUCCUGAGGAGAAUGUCCGAAUCUUGCUUACAAGUAGGCUAAGAAUUCAAGAAUUGAAGAAUCUUGCUUCUGAGGGUACGAUACACUUGUUGAAUGAAGAAGAAAGUAUAAAAUUACUUGGUGAGAAGUUGUUCGGUGAAAAGGGCUUCCCUCCUGACCUUGAGGAGUUGGGAAAGAAGAUUGCCAACAAAUGUGAAGGUCUUCCACUUAUGAUAGUCACAGUUGCGGAGCUCCUAUCCAAAGAAGAUAAGACCACACAAUGUUGGACUGAGGUAGCCGAAAAACAACAUAAUGCAGUCUUCAUGGCUGCGUAUGACCAAAUAUCAGAGGUACUUUACCCAAGCUAUGACUACUUACCUCAAUAUUUGAAACUGGUUUUUCUCUAUUUGGGAGCUUUCCCUCCGUAUACUGAUAUCGAAACAGACUUCCUCUACGAUCGAUUGAUUGCUGAAGGGUUCCUUGAACAAAAUUUGGAUGAUUUUAUUUUAAACGCUAUGGGAGAGCUUGAUGUCCGGUAUCAUCUUGUUCAAGACGAAAGAAAUCCAAAAUCUUGGUUUUCAACGAACAAGCAUCGCGUGCAUUCUUGUUGGCAGCAUUUGUGUAAGAAAGAAGCUAGUAAUAUCAAGUUUCUGCAUGUUUUACAAACUUGUGGCGAUGAUGUUAUAAAAGACCAGCGACGGUUGUGUGCCCAUAGUAACAUGUUGUUUGCCUUCAAAGAAGUGUAUGAUUCGAUAAACAAUGAUUGCGCAACCACGACCCGUUCUCUUCUUUGUUAUGGUCCUUACCACCAAUACCCGGUGCCUAUACAAGCCAUGAAUUUCAAAUUGCUCAGGGUAUUAGAUGCUCUUAAGGUCAGAUUUUACCACUUUCCAUUAAAUAUUUUGAAACUAGUUUGUCUCAAGUACCUGGCCCUAUCUUACACCAAAGAGCUCCCUGUUAACAUAUCCAACCUUUUUCACCUUCAAUUCUUGAUUAUUUAUCCACAUAUGCACAUCAAAGUGCGUGGAGUUUCAUCAUAUAUGCCGGUGGAGAUAUGGAAUAUGCGUGAAUUACAACUGAUUUCGGUCAUGGGAAGAGACCUACCAACUCCUAAUCCUGAUGCCACUUUAGACAAACUCUUAACUCUUUUUGGUGUAAGCGCAAUGAGUUGCACUAAAGAAAUUCUCAAACGAAUCCCUAAUUUAGAGAGAUUACGGAUUCUAAUGGAGUUGAAGCCUUUUGAUGACGACGAUGAUGAUGAUUAUAGUAACGCAUUGAGUGGUUUGGGUCAUAUAUCAACUGAACUCCAGAAUUUGAAUGUUCUUUCAUAUUCUAUACAGAACCCUGAUAUGAAGCAUGAGUCCAUGGUUCCCCUUACAAUGUUCCCAUCAAGUCUGACAGUUUUGAUAUUGAAAGGCUUAGGGUGUCCAUGGAAACACAUGAAUGAUAUUGGUUCGCAGCUACCAAAUCUUAAGAGGCUCGUGUUAGAACACUAUGCCUUCCAAGGACCAGACUGGGAUAUUGAUUCAGGAUGUUUUCUGAAACUUGAGAAACUUGUCAUUGAAGACACUGAUUUGGUGCGAUGGAGAGCUCAGUAUGGAAGCCUCCCAAGGCUUUACCUUCUAAGCAUACGACAUUGCUACAAAUUAAAACAACUUGAUUGGACGCGUCAUCCCUCAAUGGUCACAAGGCCUACCAUUGAAUUAGUUGACUGCAAUCCCUUAGUUGUUCUUUCUGGCGUGGUAUAUAACUGUAGAGUGCAUUGCGCCACUUCUUUGUGAACAGGAAACUGAGAAAGCAAAACAGGGGGCAAAGGAGAGAGCAGAAGGGAUCAGAUGCUGUGUUAUCCCAUUAUUUCAAUUGUAUUACCAUGUUGUUUCCUGAAUCUAAGGAUAAUGAUUUGUUGAAUUUUGUUUAGGAUUAUGAAAUUUGAAUGUUGAAUCAUGUUUGUAAACUAACAUGUUAAUCAGUUUGAUAUGUAUGACAUGCACUUAUCUAUAUUAUUUUUUAUUUUACUUUACUAUA